UAUUGUUUAAUCAAUAAAUUUAUCCAUGUACAUGUAGUUUUCGAAGUUUGUUUAGACAAAUUAUGGAAAGUAAUUUAAUUCAAUUGGAAAAUGAAGACAGCUUACGAAAACAAGCAAGAAGAAUCGUAAGAAAUAAACUGAAGAAUUCGUUCAAAAAACCAACACACCUUUUUAUGCAUGAGAAAUGUUUAACUGAAAUCUCUAAACCAAAAAAUGGGAAUAAUGUUAUAUACGCUUACUAUCACAACAAUCAUAUUAUGAAAAUAGAAAAUCUGGAUUUACUAUAUAAAUUGACUCAUUUACAUUUGCAAUGGAAUAAGAUAGAGAAAGUUGAAGGCCUAGAGAAACUGUAUAACUUAAAAAAAUUGUAUUUGGGUAAUAAUCGGAUUAGUGUUGUGGAAAAUUUAGAAGGCAACAGGUAUUUAGAAGAAUUACAUAUUGAAAAACAGGAUAUAUAUAGCCCGGAUGGCUUGUGUUUUGACCCGAAAACUAUCAUGUCUCUUGGGCCAUCACUUCGAAUUUUAAACGUAUCUGAAAAUAAAAUUACGGAUAUGACUUGGGCGAAACCGCUUCGUAGAUUAGAAGUCCUCAUAGCUAAAAAGAACAAUUUGGAACAUUUUCAGAAUGUGGCUGAUGACUUAUGUUCAUUAACCUCUCUGGUUGACUUGAACUUCAUUGGGAACCCAAUGACUAAGAAACAUCGCUAUAAAGAAACUAUUAUUGCUAGAUGUUCUCAACUUCGCGUUUUAGACUCUGUAGUUAUCCAUAGUACAUCAAAAACAUUUCUACAAAGUUUCGUUAAAGCUGUGAGAUUGCGACAACUCAACGAAAAUAAUAAAUUGGAUAUGAAUAAGCAAGGACUUGAUGAUUUCCUCGAACUCAAUAUGCUGCCUGGACCUAGAACCCAAAGUGCUCUUUCUAUAACAGAGUGUAGUAACCAAAAACCUAAAGUAACAGCAGUCGAUUCCACGUAUACGUUUAUUCCACGUGCUUUUUGGCGCUCCAAACCAGCACCAUCGCCUCACGAGAUUUAUAGACAGACUAUUUCAGACAAGAAAAUAUCAGUUGCAGUAACACCUAAUGGUUUGGCAGAUGGUGUCACCAGUAAUGAGACGGGUGUAGAAUACUUUGUAACGCCAUGUGAAGUUGAAAUGACAAUGACAGAGUUUCUGGAUAGCUUAGAGUCCAAAGGUGACAACUAUAUAACAUACAUUCAACGCCAGAAUUCCAACCUGACAGAGGAUUUUAAGGAGCUUAUAUCUGAUGUAGAUACAGACAUACAUUUUGCCAGUGAGGCAUUUAACAAAAAUCCAGAUGCCAUAAAUUUUUGGAUGGGAGAUGAAAGAGCUGUCACUUCUAUGCACAAAGACCCAUAUGAGAACAUAUACUGUGUUAUCGAUGGAUACAAAGAUUUCAUACUAAUACCUCCCACGGAUUUGCCUUAUGUCCCAUACAAACGAUACCCUCAGGCCGAGUUCAAACAUGAUGGUGGAAAAUGGGAUAUUGUGCCUAUAAAUUUGACAUCUAAUGGUAAUUCUAUAAAUACAGAUCGGACAGAGGGAGACAAAUGUGAUGAUACAAAAUUACCUUGGAUUUGUAUAGAUCCUCUUAAACCAGACUACACAAAAUUUCCACAAUUCAAGCAGGCGAAUAUAUUCAAAGUACGUCUUAAUAAAGGGGAUUGUCUAUACCUGCCUAGUCUAUGGUUUCACCACGUAAGACAAAGCCACGGGUGCAUAGCAGUUAACUACUGGUAUGAUAUGGAAUAUGAUAUAAAAUAUUGUUAUUAUAAAAUGUUAGAAAAAUUAUGUGGUAAUUAUUAAAU